AUGGAGACCCUCUUCCAUGAGCAGCCCGAGACUGGGAACCAGUAUUUAGAAGGUGCUUUGCUUUGGAGUUACUUGAAAACACACCUUCCUCCUAAGGUACUGCAGGAGGUGGAUCGGGACCUGGAGAGAUUUGGAAGCCGCCUGCUCACCAGACCCGUCGUGCUCCGGCAGCGUGAGGCCUGGGGAUGGCACAUGGAUCUCAUUGUCGCCUGCUUGGCCUGGAGGAGCAUGAAGGAGAUUGCAGCAGAAGAAGGGCUGGUUGCUGAGGCCUACGAGAGAAGAAACUCCAACUGGAGCUGUCUGCAUCAGGCUGUCAAACUCUACUUACUCUCAAGCUACUCUGGAGGAUUCAACUGUCCACUGGCCAUGAUGGAUAGGGCAGCCGAAGUCAUUGAGUCACUGGGUAUUCCUGGAUCUCUGAAAACUGCUUUUGGCCAUCUGACAUCUCGAGAACCCAAGAAGUUCUGGACCUCUGGCCAGGGGAUGGCAGAGCUCAGGGGAGGCUCUGACGUUGCUACGAGCACGGAGACAGUGGCCAGGAAGCAGCCAGAUGGAACAUGUCAUCUCAGUUUCAAAUGGUUCAUGUCUGCAGCUGAUUCUGAUGUGGCACUUACCCUGGCCAGGGGUUCCAGUGGCCUGUCCCUGUUCUUCAUCAAGGUUCAAGGUGAGGAGGGGAAGCUCAACAACAUCCAAGUGCAAAGGCUGAAAGACAAGUUGGGCACGUGGCCGAUGGCAAGAGCAGAGCUGUGGCUGGAUGGAGCUA